AUGGCAUCCAACCCCGAACGGGAGAUUCUGCUCACGGAACUGCAGGGGGAUUCCCGAAGUCUUCCAUUUUCUGAGAAUGUGAGUGCUGUUCAAAAAUUAGACUUUUCAGAUACAAUGGUGCAGCAGAAAUUGCAUGAUAUCAAGGAUUGGAUUAAGAGAGAAAUAAGGAAAGAACUGAAAAUCAAAGAAGGAGCUGAAAAUCUGAGGAAAGUCACAACAGAUAAAAAAAGUUUGGCUUAAAUAGACAACAUUUUGAAAAAAUCAAAUAAAAAAUUAGAAGAACUAUAUCACAAGCUGCAGGAAUUAAAUGCACAUAUUGUUGUAUCAGAUCCAAAAGAUAUUACAGAUUACCCAAGGACUCCAGAUACUCCAAAUAGUGACCCUCGUUGUUCUACUAGCAACAACAGAUUGAAGGCUCUACAAAAACAAUUGGAUAUAGAACUUAAAGUAAAACAAGGUGCAGAGAAUAUGAUACAGAUGUAUUCAAAUGGAUCUUCAAAGGAUCGGAAACUCCAUGAUGCAGCUCAGCAAUUGCUCCAGGACAGCAAGACAAAAAUAGAAGUCAUACGAAUGCAGAUUCUUCAGGCAGUCCAGACUAAUGAAUUGGCUUUUGAUAAUGCAAAACCUGUGGUAAGUCCUCUUGAACGUCGGAUGGAAGAAUUAAGGCAUCAUUUUAGGAUAGAAUUUGCAGUAGCAGAAGGUGCAAAGAAUGUAAUGAAAUUACUUGGCUCAGGAAAAGUAACAGACAGAAAAGCACUUUCAGAAGCUCAAGCAAGAUUUAAUGAAACAAGUCAGAAGUUGGACCUUUUAAAGUAUUCAUUAGAGCAAAGAUUAAAUGAACUCCCCAAGAAUCAUCCCAAAAGCAGUAUUAUUAUUGAAGAACUUUCACUUGUUGCUGCAUCACCAAGUCCACGUCAAAGUAUGAUAUCUACACAAAAUCAAUAUAGUACACUAUCCAAACCAGCAGCAUUAACAGGUACUUUGGAAGUGCAUCUCAUGGGCUGCCAAGAUAUCCUAAAGAAUGUACCUGGACGGUCAAAAGCAACAUCAGUUGCACUGCCUGGUUGGAGUCCAAGUGAAACCAGGUCAUCUUUCAUGAGCAGAAGGAGUAAAAAUGAUGUCUGUGCUGUUUUGAAGCUCGAUAAUACUGUGGUUGGCCAAACUAGCUGGAAACCCAUUUCCAAUCAGUCAUGGGACCUGAAGUUUACACUGGAACUGGACAGGUCAUGUGAACUGGAAAUUUUAGUUUAUUGGCGUGAUUGGCGGUCUCUGUGUGCUGUAAAAUUUCUGAGGUUAGAAGAUUUUUUAGACAACCAAUGGCAUGGCAUGUGUCUCUAUCUGGAACCACAGGGUACUUUAUUUGCAGAGGUUACCUUUUUUAAUCCAGUUAUUGAAAGAAGACCAAAACCUCAAAGACAAAAGAAAAUUUUUUCGAAGCAACGAGGCAAAACAUUUCUCAGAGCUCCUCAAAUGAAUAUUAAUAUUGCCACUUGGGGAAGGCUAGUAAGAAGAGCUAUUCCUACAGUAAAUCAUUCUGGCACCUUCAGCCCUCAAGCUCCUGUGCCUACUAUGGUGCCAGUGGUUGAUGUAUGCAUUCCUGAACUAGCACCUCCAGCUAGUGAUUCUACAGUAACCAAAUUGGACUUUGAUCUUGAGCCUGAACCCCCAGCCCCACCACGAGCUUCUUCCCUUGGAGAAAUAGAUGAAUCUUCUGAAUUAAGAGUUUUGGAUACACCAGGACAGGAUUCAGAGACUGCUUUUGAUAUUGAGAAUGACAGAAAGAGUAUACUUCCAAAAUCUCAAUCUGAAUACAAGCCUGGUACUCCUCAGUCAGGCCUAGAAUAUAGUGGUAUUCAAGAACUUGAGGAUAGAAGAUCUCAGCAAAGGUUUCAGUUUAAUCUACAAGAUUUCAGGUGUUGUGCUGUCUUGGGAAGAGGACAUUUUGGAAAGGUGCUUUUAUCUGAAUAUCAACAUACAAAUGAGAUGUUUGCUAUAAAAGCCUUAAAGAAAGGAGAUAUUGUGGCUCAAGAUGAAGUAGACAGACUGAUGUGUGAAAAAAGAAUUUCUGAAACUCUGAAUAGUGUAAGGCAUCCCUUUUUGGUGAACCUUUUUGCAUGUUUCCAAACCAAAGAGCAUGUUUGCUUUGUAAUGGAAUAUGCUGCCGGUGGGGUCCUAAUGAUGCACACUCAUACUGAUGUCUUUUCUGAACCAAGAGCUAUAUUUUAUGCUGCUUGUGUAGUUCUUGGGUUGCAGUAUUUACAUGAACACAAAAUUGUUCAUAGAGAUUUGAAACUGGAUAACUUAUUGCUAGAUAGAGAGGGCUUUGUGAAAAUUGCUGAUUUUGGUCUUUGCAAAGAAGGAAUGGGAUAUGGAGAUAGAACAAGCACAUUUUGUGGCAAUCCUGAUUUUCUUGCCCCAGAAGUAUUAACAGAAACUUCUUAUACAAGGGCUGUAGAUUGGUGGGGCCUUGGUGUGCUUAUAUAUGUAAUGCUUGUUGGUGAGUGUCUCUUUCCUGGUGAUGAUGAAGACGAAGUUUUUGACAGCAUUGCAAAUGAUGAAGUAAGGUUCUUAUCUACAAAAGCCAUUUCUAUAAUGAGAAGGCUGUUAAGAAGAAAUCCUGAGCGGCACCUUGGGGCUAGCGAGAAAGAUGCAGAGGAUGUAAAAAAGCACCCAUUUUUCUGGCUAAUUGAUUGGAGCGCUGUGAUAGACAAAAAAGUAAAGCCACCAUUUAUACCUACCAUAAGAGGACAAGAAGAUGUUAGUAAUUUUGAUGAUAAAUUUACCUCAGAAGCACCUAUUCUGACUCCACCUCAAGAACCAAGGAUACUUUCGGAAGAGGAGCAGGAAAUGUUCAGAGAUUUUGACUACAUUGCUGAUUGGUGUUAAGUUGCUAGACACUGUGAAACCAAGCUGACUGACUCACAAGAAGACCUCUUAAAAAUAGCAACCCUUCGGCCGGGUGCAGUGGCUCACGCUUGUAAUUCUAGCACUUUGGGAGGCCCAGGUGGGUGGAUCAUGAGGUCAGGAGAUCGAGACCACGGUGAAACCCCGUCUCUACUAAAAAUACAAAAAAAUUAGCCGGGCGUGGUGGCGGGCGCCUGUAGUCCCAGCUACUCAGAGAGGCUGAGGCAGGAGAAUGGUGUGAACCUGGGAGGCAGAGCUUGCAGUGAGCCAAGAUCGCGCCAUUGCACUCCAGCCUGGGCGACAGAGCGAGACUCCGUCUCAAAA